AUGGUCAAGGUCGGCAUCAACGGUUUCGGUCGCAUUGGCCGCAUCGUCUUCCGCAACGCCAUCGAGCACGGCGAUGUCGAUGUCGUCGCUGUCAACGACCCCUUCAUUGAGCCCAAGUAUGCUGCCUACAUGCUCAAGUACGACUCCACCCACGGCCAGUUCAAGGGUGAGGUCAAGGUCGACGGCCAGGACCUGACCGUCAACGGCAAGAAGGUCCGCUUCUACCAGGAGCGUGACCCCGCCAACAUCCCCUGGGCUGAGACCGGUGCCUACUACAUCGUCGAGUCGACCGGUGUCUUCACCACCACCGAGAAGGCCAAGGCUCACUUGAAGGGUGGCGCCAAGAAGGUCGUCAUCUCCGCUCCCUCGGCCGACGCCCCCAUGUUCGUCAUGGGCGUCAACCAGGACAGCUACACUCCCGACAUUGAGGUCCUCUCCAACGCCUCUUGCACCACCAACUGCCUGGCUCCCCUCGCCAAGGUCAUCAACGACAAGUACGGCAUCGUUGAGGGUCUCAUGACCACCGUCCACUCCUACACUGCCACCCAGAAGACCGUCGACGGUCCCUCCGCUAAGGACUGGCGUGGUGGCCGUACCGCUGCUACCAACAUCAUCCCCAGCAGCACUGGUGCCGCCAAGGCCGUCGGCAAGGUCAUCCCUGCCCUGAACGGCAAGCUCACCGGCAUGGCCUUCCGUGUCCCCACCUCCAACGUCUCGGUCGUCGACCUGACUGCCCGUCUCGAGAAGCCCGCCAGCUACGACGAGAUCAAGGAGACCAUCCGCCAGGCUUCCGAGGGUCCCCUUGCCGGCAUUCUCGGCUACACCGACGAGGACGUCGUCUCCUCUGACCUGUGCGGUGACAACCGCUCGUCCAUCUUCGAUGCCAAGGCCGGUAUCUCCCUCAACAACAACUUCGUCAAGCUCGUCUCGUGGUACGACAACGAGUGGGGCUACUCCCGCCGUGUCCUUGACCUUCUGGUCUUCAUUGCCAAGAAGGAUGGCAACGCUUGA